AUGAAAAAUGGCAGCUCCGGAACCAUCGUUUUCAUUGAAGAUCCUGGGGGGCCCAGCGAGGGAAAAAAUUUUUCACGGCCAUCUGACCGUCGUUUGGCCCUUCGACAGGCGAACUGGCGAGACUGGGGGAGAGCAAACGAUCGCACGCAACGCCAGACGCUGAACUUACCGCCUCCUCGAACGGUCACCUGCCCGCCCUCUCGUGGCCCAGACCCUGCGGCAUCUGAAACCGCCCAAUCCAUCGCCUACACGGAGGACGGGAGUAACUAUGACUAUGCAAAUCUGCGGACUUUGCUCAACUCCUGUGGAGAGAGACUUAAUUUUCCAUGCUUGUUAAAAAUUCACUCCUCACGAGGAUCACGUCGAAAAAAUUCCAUCAUCCGUCGCGAUCCAGACGGUUGGCCAGUCGUUCACCUCUGCUAA